AUGGCUGAUAAAGCUGAAGUUCUGAAGGUAAAAGAAGAGUGCCGCACAACAAAAAGGGAAGCAAUGCUUGGGCCGUUAAAAUGUAAGCAGGAACUAUGGCGCGUACUCGACUACAUUGACAAACUCCAUUAUCACGACCAUGUCGAUUAUUCCUAUAUAUAUAAACUACUUGAGGAGGUCAUCCCUUUUAUUGCAAAAUACCACUUCUACAAGCUUGUACUCACUUAUUCAGGGUGCCCGUCAAGAUGGAGGUGA